GAGGGGAACAGCGAGAGAGAAUCUAGCCCGCCCCGCGCAGCACAGCAGUUGGUCAGUGGCGGCUGAGUGUCAACCCUAGCCAGAGCUGAGCCGAACUCAGCUGCCAUAUUUGCUCCUCCCCCCCUCCCCCUCCUCCUCCCUUACCUUACUUAGCUCUUCCCUCUGUCUUCUCCGUUCGAUCCCUGUCCUCCUGCAUUUAUGUAUAUCUGUACAUCUCAUCCUACCCGAUAAUGGCGGUAACAGCGACAUUGACGACUUGACAUCAAGUGAAUAUUCUUUUCGGAAGAGAUUGAUAUGGCCAUUUCUCUGAAAUCAUCGCCUUGCUUCCCGCAACUCAAGAAAUCCGAUAGCAUUUACCUUCUGCGAUCUUCUCGUCAAGUGUCGGCUGUUUCCACCAGAAGGUUCCGGCCAAUGGCGGCCCUCAGCACCGUUUCCACCAUUGGUCUGUCCGAGACGUUCGCCCGGCUCAAACAACAGGGCAAAGUUGCAUUCAUCCCUUACAUCACUGCGGGUGAUCCUGACCUUUCAACCACUGCCCAAGCCUUGAAGGUGCUUGACUCAUGUGGAUCGGAUAUAAUUGAACUAGGUGUCCCAUAUUCCGAUCCUCUUGCUGAUGGUCCUGUUAUCCAGGCUGCAGCUACCCGAUCUUUGGCAAGGGGAACGAAUUUUGAUGCUAUUAUCAGAAUGUUGAAGGAGGUAGUUCCACAGUUAUCUUGUCCCAUUGCUAUAUUUUCGUACUACAACCCAAUAUUGAAACGCGGAGUUGAGAAGUUCAUGUCCACCCUCAAUGAUGCUGGUGUGCAUGGGCUUGUAGUUCCUGAUGUUCCUCUAGAAGAGACUGAACUUUUGAGAAAGGAAGCAGUCAAGUACAAGAUUGAGCUGGUACUGCUGACAACUCCUACUACUCCAAGCAGCAGGAUGAGAGCCAUAGUCGAAGCUUCAGAAGGAUUCGUAUAUCUUGUUAGCUCAGUUGGAGUUACUGGUGCCCGAGCAUCAGUGAGCGAGCGUGUGCAGACUCUCCUGCAGGACAUCAAGGGGGCAACCAACAAACCUGUAGCAGUGGGCUUUGGCAUCUCAAAACCUGAGCAUGUGGAACAGGUGGCAAGUUGGGGAGCUGAUGGUGUGAUUGUGGGGAGUGCAAUGGUGAAGGUGCUGGGUGAUGCAAAAUCUCCUGAAGAAGGGCUCAAGGAGCUCGAAAGCUUCACUAGAUCAUUAACCUCGGCUCUGCUUUAGUAAUCUAUAGCUCGUGCCCGUUUCUUUGUGCGUGUGGAGACCAUUGUUCUCGUGAUUCCUAUUUUCAUACAUGUGCCGGGAUUGUUGCUCCUGUAUAAUGAUUGGCGAAAAAUAAUUUAAUCGUAUUGGGACUACAUUCCUUGAGUUGACACUA